UUGGCGUAAAGUUCAAGACGAAUUCGUCUUUUCCAACCUCAAAACUGCCCAACCUGACGAGGAUAGACGUUGUCAAAAAAACUUGACAUUAGCGUCUUUCGAAAUACGCUUUUGCCGCAGCUUACUGAUCAGAAAUGCGAAAUGUGUGUUCGGAUACCCAUUAUUGAGACCCUCAACCGCCAGAAGCCUGGUAUCGCAAGAGCAGCAGAGGUGAUAUCGUUAUGUGUACGGCACGUCAGUGGGAAAUCCCCCGCAUACCCCGAAAAAGCAUACAACUUCCGUGACGAGGACGACAUGAAUAGAGGGUGCAUAGGUUAUUGUGAACUUAAAUUUUACGGUGACCAGGCCCUUAUCGCCCAGCUCGUCCAGCUGUGUAUCGCUACGGCUAAUACCGACCAAUGCGCCGUUAUUUUCGAUCGUAUGAGGUCCGGAAAGAAGCGGGAUACUGAAGCUUGGAGAUUCUACGAAGCCUUCGUACCUGACAUGGCAAAAGUCAUUGAAGCACACCCCGAGCUCAGGCCGCCUUUUAAGGGAUUCUUCGAGGAUGCAGUUUCUGAGUUUCUCGAUCAAGGAAAAGAAGCAUCUGAAUCGUUGACCCUGGCCCUCUUCUAUCCACGAGUUUCUGACGCAAUUAGUAACGCCAGAGCUGUUCGAAACUUUGACUACAGAGAGCAUGCAGAAAGUCAAAUCUCGAGCACGAUGUCUGUAUGUCCGGGUGCUCCCAACUUUAACCAACACGGCAGCGCAGAAGACUAUCCUUACGAUUGUCGCACAGAGUGUGGAGCACGUCGUCAAGGAUUACCGUACGCCGAAGGCGGUCAUACUCCUACCAUUCCUUCUCCCGUCCAUCUGUCAUCGACCUUCUGGAUUUCGCCUAUGACAUUGGCGCUGAUGAUUCUUUCAGCAUCGAUAUCUUGAAAGAACUUAUUGAGAAAGACGACAAAUCCGACAAUUAUGUCCUUGAGGAACUUGUCCCGUUGGUUUCCUGUCCAUGCCCUAAGAUGGAAACCUGGAAAAC